AUGUCGACUCCCGCAAAAAGAAGGCUUAUGCGUGAUUUCAAGAGGAUGCAGCUGGACGCCCCCUCGGGUGUCUCUGCCUCUCCUCUCCCUGAUAACGUCAUGUCCUGGAAUGCCGUAAUCAUAGGCCCAGCUGAUACACCAUUUGAAGACGGAACCUUCAAGCUUGUGCUACAGUUUGAUGAACAAUACCCCAACAAACCUCCUUCCGUUAAAUUCAUGAGUGAAAUGUUCCAUCCCAACGUUUACGCCAGUGGCGAAUUGUGUCUAGAUAUUUUGCAGAACAGGUGGUCUCCUACCUACGACGUUUCGAGCAUUUUGACGUCAAUCCAAUCAUUACUUAACGACCCCAACAUUCUGUCGCCAGCCAACGUGGAAGCAGCUAAUUUAUACAAGGACCACCGGUCGCAGUACAUCAAGAGAGUGAGAGAAACUGUGGAAACAAGCUGGAACGAAGACGAUGAUGACGACGACGACGAGGAUGACGAUGAUGAUGAUGAAUAG